AUGAAGAUGAAGCUCUCAGGCACAAACAUUGCAAUGAUAGUUCUUGUGGUCGCGCUUAUUGCUUUGAUGGUAACUUCAGCAGAUGCUCAAAGGGGCGGAGGUGGUGGCGGCGGCGGAGGUGGUGGAAGGGGUGGCGGUGGCGGCGGUGGUAGAGGUAGUGCAGGUGGGGGUGCGAAAGGUGGUGGCAACAGCGGUGGGAAAAGUGGAAGUGGGAACGGAGGUCAACACGCAAGCUCAGCGUCCGUGACAUGUGGACCAGCUUCCAAACAUGGGUUCAUUGCAGGGCUACCUUUAAUGCUAGUAAUUUUCUUGAUGGUGUAA